AGUAAAUUAACAAACAAUAUGAUACAAUAUCAAUUUCUGUCAAUAAUGGAGUUGCAUGUGUUGCAUAUUAAAAGAUGUCCAAGUGCUGAUUUCAUCUCUCCAUGUAUAUGUGACACUAUUAUUUAAAUCAAAACUAAAGUCCAAAACCUCUACCUCCAUAUUUUUUUCUCUCCCUAAUCAGCAUACCCUUUUGCAAACCAACAAGCACACACACACACACAAAUUCUCAUCAAAGAUGUUCAGUGCCAAAAAAGCUGAGCUUCAUCCCCCAAAGACAGUGCUCCAAAUCAAGCAAGAUGACAAGUUCUUCAGCAGGCUUCUUUCCAAGGAAAGUUCCAUGUCCAAACCCUCUUUCAGAAUGGCUGUUGCAGUCCCUUUUGUUUGGGAGUCUCAACCUGGCACCCCCAAGUACACUUUCUCUGAGGACACUCUCCCACCCCUCACUCCUCCACCUUCCUAUUUUGUUAACUUCAUCACCAAAAAAAACAAACCACUGAAGAAACGCUCAAGAUCAAAUCUCUUCUUAGCACUCUUUCCAAAACUAAAUCUCAAGAAGAAAAACAUUCUCUCACCCUCUUCACCUUCCUCUCCAUCUUCUCUAUGGUCAACCUCAGAUCAUUCUUCCAAAGUAGUUCCAAUGGGGAAGCAUGGAAGAAGGCGCUUUCUAAGCUUUGGUUCAUCUUUUGACUUUAGAGGAGAUGAUGAAGAAGAGAGUGCUAGUGCUAGUGCUACUACUACUUCAACUACUUCAAAACUUUGCUUUGGCAUUUCUCGUUCUACAAGCACUUUGGCUAGUAUUGGCUUCCGAGGCUCAAGCAGGAGGUCAUGAGUUUCAUUGUAAUUAAGCCCUUUUCAUAGCAUCUUGGAGACUCACAUCUUGUUUUGUGUUGCUGCUUAGAGUUUUAUGUGUAAAUGUUUUUUUGUUCUGCCUCUCUUCAUGCAUGUUUUAAAUGGCUACCAAUUUUUUAGGAUAGAAUUGCUCUUGAGCUUGUUUUUCUCUCAAAUAAAAGUUCUGCUUCCAAGGUGUACUGUGUUAAACAUAUUUUGCAUUUAAAAAAGUUGAAAACAUCAUAUAUUGGUCCUCUUAGCCUCUAGAAUGUGGCAAAGCAUUCAUGGAAGUAAGAACUGUUGUA